AUGGCUAGGGGGAAGAUUGUGAUUAGGAGGAUUGAGAAGAUGAGCAACAGGCAAGUCACCUUCUCCAAGCGGCGUCAUGGCCUGCUGAAGAAGGCACGUGAGCUGGCCAUCCUCUGCGAUGUCCAGGUCGGCGUCAUCGUCUUCUCCUCCACCGGUCGCCUCUACGAGUAUGCCAGCUCCACCACCAGCGCCUCCACGGGAAUGCCUUCCAUCAUCCAUAAGUACCAAUCUGCACAGGAGCACCAGCAGCUGCUGAAUCCAGUGUCACAAAUCAUGUUUUGA